CGGUGGAGAGUGCACAAGCUUCUGCAGGAGACGCGAGGUUUCCAGCCUCGCUGCAGCCUGCAGAUCGGUUCUGCGCCCAGAGUGUGACCACCGCUCUCCAGACCGGUUCCUCAGGCAGUGACACCAUGCUGUCCUGCCGCCUGCAGUGCGCGCUGGCCGCGAUCUCCAUCAUCCUGGCCCUGGGAGGUGUCACCGGUGCGCCCUCGGACCCCAGGCUCCGUCAGUUUCUGCAGAAGUCUCUGGCUGCUGCUGCAGGAAAGCAGGAACUGGCCAAGUAUUUCUUGGCAGAGCUGCUGUCUGAGCCCAACCAGACUGAGAAUGAUGCCCUGGAACCUGAAGAUCUGCCCCAGGCUGCCGAGCAGGAUGAGAUGAGGCUGGAGCUGCAGAGAUCUGCAAACUCAAACCCAGCGAUGGCACCCCGAGAACGCAAAGCUGGCUGCAAGAAUUUCUUCUGGAAGACGUUCACAUCCUGUUAGCCCUUCUAAUCAUAGUUGCCUACAUCAGACCUCCCAGUCCCUCUCCUCCAAACCCCAUCUCUCUCCCCCAAAUCCCCAGAGUCCUCAGCAAGACCCUUGAAUUAGAAAUUGAAAACUGUAAAUAUAAAAUAAAAUUAUCAUGAAAUUAUGGAAAA